GUCAUUGACUCCAAAGUAAUUAUAGUUGAUGCGACCAAGCACGGGAAGGAUGACCACAAGACUGAAUGUGUAGGUGAGAAAGAAGUAUUAAACCAAGAAAAGAAAAGUAUCCGGUGAAGCCGAAAGAUUGUUCACUAUUAACCAUGCGACAUGCAAGCUUUGGCUGGGGCACUGAGUCAAUUCUGCGCGAUGUCAGUUUCGAUAUUGCUGCAGGUCAACACGUCGCCGUUACUGGUCCUGUCGGCUGCGCAUAGGUAUCGGAUACUACAGCCAGAAUCCGUGGCUAGAAAAUGUUUACGCACACAAAAAUGUAUUUAGAGGCGCGCUUAAUGACAAAUUAUGAUUGGAUUUGGUUUCUGAUAGUUGUGGUCUCGGCGGAUUACUGGGUAUAGAGAGUGCACACAAGACUGCUGGAAGUGGUGGAGCUAGAAUAAGUGGUAGUGAGUCGCUCUA